CGAUAUAACCAACCGCAAUUUGUAUAUAUGAACCAAAACGAGGAUAGAAAAAUUCACAUCAACAACUUAAUACGAAUUUGAUUUUGGUUUGUUUUGUUUAUUAAUAAGAUCAUUGACAAUCCAAGUUUUAAGUGAAUAAUCGAUUCGACAAUAUCAAAAUUCAAUCAUCAUUCCUUAUUCACUUGAUUGAUAAGAAUUCUGAUUCUACGAAUCAUAUGUUUGAAUUGGAAUAUAUUUUUUUACAAGUUUGUCUCUCAUUGUUUCUUCUUUCAAAUUGUCGUUGUUAGGGAAUUAACUAAAUUUCUGUUAUUUUUAAUUAGAGCACUUUUUCACCUUCAACAAUCAUUCGUUUGAAAAGCGAUCCAAAUCUAGAUCAUUAAAUUUGUUUAUUUAUCUAUUUGUUUUUGACGGUCAUUGAUUUAACAAAACAUUUUCAUUUUUCGGAUAUGGAACGAAUAGUAGGCGGUAGUGAUUUGAAAAAAGAGAAAGAAAUCCUUAUGAAAUCAUCGGUUUUAGAUGACGAUGAAAUUGAAGAAGAUGAUGAAGCUGCUGCUGCAAACGCAGCAAAAAUACCUAGAGAUAUAUCUAAUCAUAGUGAAUUGAAUGUUAAAGAAAUUUCUGCACCAUAUACCUUGCCACAUUAUCCAAUCGAAUUGGAAGAACAGAAAAAAAUUGCCGCACAACAAUUAGCACAACAAAUCGCAUUGAAAGAAUUGGAAGAACGCGCUACAUGUGAUGAACAAACUGUACCUAAGACUGAAUUACAAUGUAUUCAUAAACAUUCUGAUUCAGCCGAUCCAACUACAUGUUCAAAUAUUAUUACAACAUCUAUCCUGAAUCAUUUGGAUUUUCAGCGUGUUUAUAUUUCAGGAGAAAAUUCAUUCGGUGCUGAAGAUCCAAAAAUAUAUCAAUCAUUGCGUAGAGCUAUGCGUUUAAGAGAAAUUUAUAUGCGUGAAGCAUUUCAAUCAUUUCCGGAGAUGGCUAAACGUAUUUUACAUCGAACACACAAAUCUGAUUAUCAGUCUGAAACAAUAAAUUUUGAUGAGCCACCAGUAAUAGCUGAUCCUUGGAACAUAAAGAUCCCAGAAGAUUUAAAUUGUAUUCUUAAAAUCGAAGAUGGCGUUAUCCAUGUCUAUAAAAAUAAGAGCGAUUUUGAUGGAAAAAAGCGAGCUUAUAAUGUUCGACCAUUCAAUAGUUUUAUUGAAGAUAUGAAAUUUAUGUGUAAUAUCAUCACAGAUGGUCCAUUGAAAUCACAUUGUUACAAACGAUUAGCAUAUCUAACAUACAAAUAUCAAUUACAUGUUCUUCUCAAUGAAAUGAAUGAAUUACGUUCACAAAAAGCUGUACCGCAUAGAGAUUUUUAUAAUACACGUAAAGUUGAUACGCACAUUCAUGCCUCUUCUUGUAUGAAUCAAAAACAUUUGUUACGUUUUAUCAAGAAAACAAUCAAAACACGACGAAAUGAUUUUGUAUGCAUAGAGAAUGGUAAACCAUUAACUUUGGAACAAGUGUUUGAUUCGUUAAAUUUAACAAGCUAUGAUCUAAGUGUCGAUAUGUUGGAUGUUCACGCCGAUCGUAAUACAUUUCAUCGUUUUGAUAAAUUCAAUGCCAAAUACAAUCCUAUCGGUGAAUCAAGAUUAAGAGAAAUAUUUCUUAAAACUGACAAUUAUAUCAAAGGUGCUUAUUUUGCCGAAAUUCUUAAAGAAGUGAUGGCUGAUCUAGAAGAAUCCAAAUAUCAACAGGCUGAAUUACGUUUGUCGAUUUAUGGCCGAAAACCAAAUGAAUGGGAUGAUUUAGCCAAAUGGGCCCUUACAAACAAUGUCUAUUCUGACACUGUUCGAUGGAUAAUUCAAAUUCCUCGUCUCUAUGAUGUAUAUCGAGCGAACAAAAUACUUGGAAAUUUUGAACAAAUGUUGGAAAAUAUUUUCAUGCCGCUGUUUGAAGUAACGAACAAUCCAAAUUCUCAUCCAGAAUUGCAUGUCUUUUUGAACUAUGUUACUGGAUUUGAUUCGGUCGACGAUGAAUCAAAACACGAAAAUCCAAUGUUUGAUAAAGAAAUCACGUUACCAAACAAAUGGACAGAUGAAGAAAAUCCGCCAUAUAAUUACUACCUUUAUUAUAUGUAUGCCAAUAUGGUCAUUUUGAAUCAUUUUCGUAAAGAACGUGGAUUCAAUACACUUGUUUUACGACCACAUUGUGGUGAAGCUGGUAAUAUUCAACAUUUGAUUGGUGGAUUUUUGUUGGCUGAAAAUAUUAGCCAUGGUCUUUUGCUUCGAAAAGUACCAGUUUUACAAUACUUGUACUAUUUGACUCAGAUUGGAAUCGCAAUGUCACCGUUAUCAAAUAAUUCAUUAUUUUUGAAUUAUCAUCGAAAUCCUUUACCAGAAUUUGCAUCUCGUGGUCUUUGCGUAUCACUUUCGACUGAUGAUCCGUUACAGUUUCAUUUUACUAAGGAACCAUUGAUGGAAGAAUAUUCGAUUGCCGCACAAGUAUGGAAAUUAAGUAGCUGUGAUAUGAGCGAAUUAGCACGCAAUUCCGUUUUGAUGUCUGGUUUUCCUAGUGAAUUUAAACAACAUUGGAUUGGAGCCAAUUAUCAACGUGAAGGUGUUGAAGGAAACGAUAUUCAACGAACUAAUUUACCUGGAAUUCGUGUUUCAUAUCGAUAUGAAACAUUGUUGGAUGAAUUGGAUCAUUUGCGAUCAGAUGAUAAAAAUUGGGAACGACAAAAAAAAGUAUCGAUUGGAGGCAAAACGAUUGCAAAACCAUCUUUACCACAUAAAUUAAUCUAAUUAUUAUAAGGAAAAGAUUAUAUAUUUCUAGUUUAAUAUAAAAUUAGAAAUUAUUACAGA